UCGCUCGUGACAUUAGAGGAGAAAAGGGAAGAGAGCUAGAUUGAAUUUGUGAGUGGGCAUUUAUUGAUCAAUCAGGCGGGAGCAAAGGUUGACUUUUCAUUUGUAUAGAUUUUCUAGCUCUUUGAGUAAUGUGAAUGAUGAAGGUUCAUGUUUAAGCAUUGACAAUGAUGAAUGUUGUUCUAGACUCUAGAGAGAGGAAAGAGACCGCAGCAGAGAUGAUAAAAGUUCAAUAGUCGAUGUAUUAGGCUAUUAGCAUUUAGCAUGUUAUGUAUUCGAAUUUUUUAGUUAACAGAUCAUAUAUCUCAAAAUUUAUUGCGCGAGAAUAUCCACGAAUUAUUGAGCAAACUACAAGGCUGGCAGUAAACUAUAAUAAUACAAUUUUGGGAUCUUCUAAAGCCACGUUGAAAGGAAAUGAAGGAUCAUUGAUAAACUAAGAUCUUAAAGAGAAUCACAUUGACAUUAUUCUUUCUAUAUGCUAUUUUUUUUAAUCCAUUUAAAUGUUGAACUCAAAGCCGGCAUUGGAUAAAUAAUUUACAUAUACACUGCUUUGAACUGUUCAUUAACUCCGAGCAUACCAAAAUUUAAACACGAAAUUUGUAGAUUGAUAUAUAGCCUCUAGCACAGUACUAUCAAAAUAUUACCUUAUUACUACAUGGUCAUCCCAUAAAAAGUUUGUCACCAAAACCAACUAUUCUAUAAUGACUGUUUAGACAAAUUAGGAACCACAAUUAAGAAAACAGCAAACUCAAUGAUUGGUAAACAUUAAUGGUAUUUGAUUGGGUUGGUCAACAGACAACAGUUCAUAAAUACAGACCACCCUCUCCAAGACUCCCACUCUCUUAAAAUCAUCAUAAAUUGUUGGAGAUGGGUACGGUUAGAAAGCAAGCACGGAGCCCUACGGUGUGAACUCAAUUGGAUUGAAUGUAUGCUUUGGCGACUCCGCCAGCCAUUGGGAGUUGACCAAAAUAGUGCACUUUUUCUUUUGGUUGCGUAAGUCAACGAGGAGAUACAUCCAUCCUUAUACCCCAUGGCAAUAAGAGGUAGCCUUCAAAACAAGAAGAGGGAUAUGCGUCUAAAGUCUAAACUUAGUAUGAAAAAGGAUAGAUCGAGUCUUGGUUGUAAUAAAUCCUAGAACUAAUUGAUUUCAAUAAUUGGAUUUGCGGUAAUUAUAAUAUUUUUUUAUUUAUUAAGAUUAUAUAAACUUUGAAUUGAAUGUACGGAUAUUUAUGACUAAAUAAAAGACGAUUAAUUAGCUUUUUACAAGUAAUCACUCUUGGUCUUUAUUCUUGCAACGCUUUCUAGUUUCAUCCAAAUUUGUAUAGUGUGAAUUUAAUUUUUAAGGUGGACGAUAAUUUGUAAUGAAACAAUCAAUUGAGCAUUUGAGCUAAUAUGUCUAGCCUUGGCUUAUCCCAUAGCUCAAGAGGCCUCGAAAUUUCCACGACACACAGCAUUAGAAAGGCAAAAGGCAAAAGUUUUCUCAGUGAUGCAGCUUCGGAUACUGGGCCUUAUAGCUCAACAGACAACAGCCAUGCUAGCUCAUCUCGUAAUAGUGGGCUGCCAUUUACCGAGGCCGAAAACAUCAAGAAGAAGAAGAAAACAAAUAACCUAGUGGUUUACUUGAGGCCCAAAAACUGAAGAAGGAAACGAGUUGCCAAAAACCUUACUGGGCCGAGUUUUGUCUUCAAGGCCCAACAGUGGGUGAAGAAACAAAACAAUUUUUUUUUGUUGAGAGUGGGAUUUGAACCCACGCCCUUUCGGACCAGAACCUUAAUCUGGCGCCUUAGACCAACUCGGCCAUCUCAACUUGUUGUUAAGAUAAUCUCAAUAACUAUAAUAAACCAUAAAAAAUGUUAUAAUCUCUAACACCAAUUGUGCUUGGAGGUUUGGAGAAGUUGUUAUGCAGUAGUUUGAUGUAUCCGAUAGGUUAAUUUCACAGUAUGUGGAUGUGCGAGGCCAGGAACGUUUCUAUAAAUAGGUAGAGGAGUAUGAGUAUUGAGUAGUGUACAUUGGUGAUGGUAGGUAUUAGUUGAGUUGAAAUGAGUUAUAAUGAUUAAGUGUUAUCCUAUAUUGACUACUGAGUGUUAACUAGAAAUUAAUUUAUAUAAGAUUGUGAAUUAACAAGAAUUUUCUUAUUGUAUGUCGAAUAAACAGUCAUCCCCUAUAUAGUAAUUUUUAAUGCAAAUUUUCAAUUAUUAGAAUUUUCUAUAAGAGAAUAUAAUAUUUUUUUAAAAACUCAUCAGCUUUGAAUUCCCUAUAUAUGAAUUCAUCUAGUUUUAGACAUGGGUUUUUUCAUCUCAUUAUUACUAAAAACAAACCAUGGCCAUGGGUUUCAACUUUCAAUCGACCCAUUGCCUUUGAAAGAAUGUGCACACAACAUUAUUACCUUUACAUUCAUUUACAAACCCAUGAUCCAAAGCUCGUGUGUAAAAGGAAUGUAAAUCGACGACUAUCUGAAAGAAUUGAAGUCCAAAAUCAUACACAAUUCCAAGUCAUCAUUCACAUGUCUUGUUAAAAGAAGUACCAAUCAAUUGUGGCCUGAAGUUGUGUGGACUUCCAUCAUGAACAGCAUGCAUGCUGGAAUCAGAAUAAGUACAGUACUUCCCUCUGAAUGAUGCUCACUGGAAAGAUAAACCAAAUUAACGCUAUAGCUCUCAACGACAGACAAUGACCUAAAACCAAAUGUGUUUCAUUCUGUCAUUCUGUGGUAUGUUUUGUGCCUUUCGUUGAUUCCUAACCACAUGGAAUCUCAUGGUUGUACUAAGCUCAUAUUCUUUAGUUUUCAUGCACUUAAUGAACAAGGUAUACUGUAUACAUCAUCGAUUGGUCACCGCCCUUUUGGAUUGGUGUCAUGUAAGUGAUUGUGGUCUUUGUUUUCUACAAAUGAAUAUGGUGUUAAGGUUUCUAUAUGCCAACCCGUCUACAUUGAUUGCAAGAUACAAAGAGUUACUAGCGUCUUAAUACAAGAUUUUUCAAUUCACCUAGUACUCUCGAAUGUUAAGAAAUUAAAUUCAUUUAUCAACUUUGUCAGUUUCUUCUUGGCUAAGAUUUGGCCCAUUACUAUUUUAUGAGUUUUGAUACUUUGAAUCACAAUUAUGGAAGAAGAAGACAAUGAUUCGGGUCAGAUUCGACAGAAUGGAACGAAAUUGAACUUUGGGUCAGACGAGACAAUGUUUAUAUAAAUAUUGAUAACAAUG